AUGUUAAAAUUUGUUAGCAUAUUGCUGCUGACAUUGGUGUUAGUGAAAUCAACAGAAAUUCAUGGAACCAUCAAUGUGAAAGUUAUAUUACCGAAUUAAAUUUACACAUAAGCAUCGAGUGGCGAACUUGAUAAUGAAUAUAGAUAAAAUGAAUUACUACAAAAUUAAGUAAUGAAAGAUGUUGCUAUGUAUAAAUGCAUUCUAUUCAGCUUAGAAGUUUUCUUGAAACAGGUAGGUCUGUAGAAGUGAACGAAGUUAAGGAUAAAUCCAUUGAAAUUUGGUCACAAAAAUCUUUAGAAAUCGAAUAACAACCACUUAUCAAAUCAGAAGAAUCAAAUGAAUAAGCAUAAACUACUUAAGUCUAAUCUAAUUUACAAAAUUAAGAAUCAGAUGGCUAAUUAAAAAAAAUAUCAAUUAAAGUAGAGAAAAAGGAUAAUAAAUCGAUUGAAGAAUCCCUUAAUACUCAUAUUACAAAUCCAAAUAAUGAUAUAUAAGCAAAUGACAAUACAAAUAACUCAGAUUAAUAACAACAACCUUCAAUAUCCUAAAAAAAAUUUUCAGUUUCUGUAAGUAAAAUUCAUAAAUCAGAUGACUAAAAUCAAUAAAAUGAAUAAUAAAAUGCAUAGAAAGAAUAAAUCUAAGACAAUAAUUCAAUUAAUUAAAAACAAGAAGUAUAAAAUAAUUAAUAAGCCAAUAAAGAUGUGUAAGAUGAUACUGAAAAUCAAGCUGAAAUAAAACAGAACAUUUAAGAAUAAACUCAAUCAACUUCUAAUUAAGAUGUUGUGGAAAAUUAAAAAGAGAAUUUAAAUAAUUUAAAUUCAGAUGCGACAAAAUAAGUUUAAGAAUAAGAAACUUCAGUAGAAAAUAGUCUUAAUACUGAGGAAUAAAAAGUAGAAGAAAAAGUAUAAGAAAAAAUAGAAGAUAAUAAAGUUGAAAAUUCAAUUAAGACCCAAAAUGAAAAUUCAGUUUAGAAUUAAAAUGAAUAAUCAAUAGAGACUAAAACCGAAAACACUACUACUGAGACUUAGAUCGAAAAUUUAAAUGUAGAUUAAAACUAAAAUAAUUUAUAAGUUGAACCUAUCUAAGAAUAAAAAGAUAAAGUCUCUACAUUAUCUGAUAAUUAAUAAAUAUAAUAAGAUUAAAAAAAAGAAAAUGAAAUAUAAAAAGAAUCUGUUUAAUAAAAUAAUCAAGAACAAUAAUAAUAAUAAGAAUUAAAUCCAUUGAAUGAUAAAAAUCUAAAUAAAAUAUCUGUUGAAAAUAGUAAAGAUGAAUCUGAAUAAAAUAACUCUGAAAGUUCUUAAAAUGAAAUUGUGAUUUAAGAUAUUAAAAUAGAAGCUUAACCAAUUGAAUUAGAGAGCAUUAAAUAAUAAAAUAUUGUUAAAGUUGAUGAUUCAGAAAUUGUAAUAAAAUCAGAUGAAGAAGUAAAGGUUGCUCCUAAGACAUAAGAUAUAUAAAAUUCAGAUUAAGUUACUGAUUAAGGAGAAGAAGAUGUGACACCAACUGAUUAAGGAGAUUAGUAGAGUGACUCAGAAACUCAAUAAAAUUAAAAUGAUAAAAAUUAAGAAACUGACAAUAAGGUUGAUUAAUAGGAUUAAACUAAUCAAGAAAAUACUUAAUGUGAUGGUGAAGAAUUAGACACUAUUCAUGGAUAAGGGGUUUAAAAUGAUAAUUAACUUGUUACUGAUUAAGAUAACACAGAUGCUUAAAAUUAAGUUGAAGAAUAAUAAUAAUAGCAAGUUUAAGAAUAAUAAGUAGUUGAAUAAUAAUAAGAAGAAGAAGAAGAAGAAGAAGUUUAAUAAUAAUAAUAAGAAAAAGAAGAAGUUUAAUAAUAAUAAGUUGCUUAAUAAUAAUAAUAAUAAGUUGAAUAGAAAUAAGAAGUUUAAUAAAAUGAAGGAAAAUAAACCAAAAAAAUUGAAGAAGAGGAAAAUAAGUAAAAAGUUUAAGAAAGUACAAAUAAAGGUGAAAAAUAAAAGUAAGCUUAGGCACCAGAUUUUAUGAUAAAAAAGAAUUAAUUGACUAAGAAGAUGAAAGAGGUUAUAAAUGAAAUGAAAGAAUCAGAUAAGGGUCAAUAAAAUAAAUUAUACAGUUUGAAUGUUUCUAAUUUGGAUCCAGAUGAUGUAAUAGUAAUAAAGGAUACUUCAUAUUUUGAUAGUGAUGCAGAAUUAGCAGUAUAAGAUGUAGAAGUUAAGAAUUCAGAUUAAUAAUUAAUUGGAGAAGUAGUGAAAGUAUAAGCUGAAGUUGAGAAGGUUGAUUUAAGUAUUUUUGCAGAUGAUAGUUCUGAUUUGAUUCCAAUAAUUGUUGAAGAUAAUGAUAAUUAAAUUUAAUCUGAAAUAAUUACUGAUGCAAUUAAAGAUGUAACAGAAAAAGAAAUUGGAAUAAUAGGAAAUUAAGAUUUGGGAGAAGCAGAUGUUGAUAUUUAAUCUUUGAUUUCUGAUUAAGUAGAGAUUAAUGCUAAUCAUAUUACUAAAAAAAAUAUAGUUUAAGAUGAUUAUUCAUUAGAUUAUGACUAAUUGGAAACAGAUGUUAUUAUAAAUAACAGUUUUAAUACUGAUGGUGUAACAUUUGAUUAAUUCUAAUCAUAAUUAGAUUAAUUGGAUGAAUUGGCUAAAUAGCUUGAUAAUUUAAGUUUGGAAUAGCCAACCGUAGAAGAAGAUACUAAAGUUAUAGACUCCCAAUCAACUCAAAUUUCUAAAGAUGAUCAAUAAUAUUUAACAAUUGUAACUAAUAAUGAUUCUUCAGUUAUAAAUGCUUCUGCUGAAGAUGAUUAUUAUUUGGAUGAUUUAGAUAAUGAGCUUGAUUAAAUAAUUGAAUAAUAAUCAGAGACAAAAGUCUAAUCUGAAUCUGUCGUAUAGCAAUAAGAAAUUCAAUAGAAUGAUAAUAUUAAAUAAAAUGAUGAAAUUGAAUAAUAAGUUCAAUUCAAAGAAGAGUAUUCAAAUGAUGAUAAUUUAGAAACAGAUUAGAACUAUGAUAAUAAUAAUGAUGAUUAUUAUUAAAUUGAUAAUGAAAACAUUGAAUAAGAUUUAUAAUAAGAUUUAGAAUAAGAAUAAGAUUUAUAAUAAGAUUAAGAAUAAGAUUUAUAAUAAGAUUCAGAAUAAGAUUUAUAAUAAGAUAUAGAAUAAGAUUUAUAAUAAGAUAUAGAAUAAGAACAAAAUAAAUAAACUGAAAUAUAAUAAGAUGAUUUAGAAUUAGAUAAUGAUGAUAUUUUUGAAAGCUAAGUUUAAUCUAAUGAUGAAGCUGUUGUAAGUGAUGGCGUAAUGGUGGAUACUGGAGAUUCUUAUGGUAAUUAUGAUUAAGAAUCAGAUAUUAAUAAAGACUAUGAUCUCUAAUUUGAUGAUGCAAGCUAAAAAGAGGAAACAAUUAUAGAAUAAAAAUAAGAUUAAUAAUCCCCAAAUGUUGAAGUUGAUUAAUAAUUGAAAAGUGAAGAAAAUAUAACUACAAUAAAUAAAAAUGAGAUAAUAAAUUAAGAAGGGAAUAAAGAGAUCACUUAAAAUUAAGAAGUUGUUUAAUAAGAAAAUAAAGUGAUUGAAGAGAAAUAAGAAAGUUUAGUAAUUGAUAAAUAAGAAAGUUAAGUUAGUGAAUAAUAAGAGGAUUAAGCAAUUGUUGAUUAAUAAACUUCUUAGGAUACAGAAUCAUAAAUUAAAAUUUAAGAUGAAAUUAUUCCUAAACAAGAAAAUGAAGUUUAAUCAAAUACCAUUUCUUAAUAAUCCGAAUAGUAAGUUUAAUAAGAAAUUUAAGAGUAACUUGAUGAAUAGGAUAAUGAAAUAACAUUAGAAAAUGCAACUGGAACAGAAGAGACAGAAAUUGAAGAUUUACCUUAAUUAGAAAUAAAGAAAAAAUAAUUGGUAAAAAAAGAAAUUUCAGUAAAAGAGAAAUCAGAGUCUGAAUCAGAAUUAGAAUCUGAUAAUGUUAUUACAAAUGAAGAUAUAAAUGGUGAAGGCACAGUUCAAGAAGAUAAUAUUGAAGUGUUUUAUAACAAUUCUUAAAUUAAAGAAAGAUAAGAAGAUGAUAAUUUAUCUGUUUAAUCUGAACCAGAAGUUAUUGAAAAUCUUGAAGAUUUAUAAGAUUGUAUUGAAAAUGAUGAAGAUGAGCAUACAGUUGAAAAUAAGGAUGGAAAUUCAUAGUAAUAAGAUGAAAAGAAAGAAAAGCAUCAUUCUAUUAAAGUAAGUAAGGAAGAGAAAAAAUAGAGUAAAUAAUAAUAAGAUAAAUCAUUGAAGAUUGAAUAAAAUGAUAAAUAAUCUAAAUUUGAAGAAUAAUUACAUUAAUAGAUUAUCAAUAAAAAGUAAAAAGAGAAAUAACAAAUGAGUCAUGAAGAAUAAUUUGAUUAGAUUGUUAAUGAAUUAGUUCAUGAAUUAGAGACCUCUUCUAAUAAGUAAGGUGAAUCUAGAGAAUAAGAAUAAUAAAUUUAUUAAGACAUUAAAAAAAAUGUAGAAGAAUUAAGAUAAAUUCAUAAUAGUGAUGAUGUAAUUGUUAAGAAGAGAAUUGAUAUACCAUCAUAAGUUGAAUAAAAUACUGAUGUAGAUGAUAGAAUUAAAGAUAAAGAAUUUUAAUAAAAAAUUGAAGAACUUUUGAGAACUUAAAAAUCUUAAACUUCAUCAACAAAUAAGAUUAAUGAUGGUGAAAGAUAUUAUUUAGAUAAACCUGUUAAUUAAGCUGUAAGUGAUUAUGAGAAGGAAUUAAAUUAAAGAAAGUAAGAAGUUAUGGAAAAAAUUAAAAAUGAUUUAUAAAUCAAAAAAGGUAGAUUCUCAUAGGAUAAUUAAAAAUCUGAUAAUUUAACUCCAUAUGAAUUUGAAAGAAUAUAUUUAGAUUGGACUCAAAAUAAAAAUGAUAUAAUUUCUAGUAUGCUUUCUCAUGCAUCAGGCUCAGAAGUAUCAUAGGAAUCAUAUAUUUCAGAAGAACCAAUUGCUAAAGUUGAAAGAGUAUCUAAAAAAUAAGAAGUUGAAUAAGAAAUCAAAGAACUAUUCUCAAGUUAUAAACCAGUUAAAAAAUAAUCAAAGAAAACAGGAGGUAUUUUUUAUUAUCUUAUCAUUUUUAGAUUCAUACUUAGAUUAAUAGGAAACUAGUUUUUUGGCAAUCAAUCAAUAAGUCAAGAAAUCUAAGAAUUUGCGAGGAAAUAAAUAAUGAUGUUGAAAAAAAA